GGCAGAUGGCAGAAGACGAUCGCGAACCCGAAAAACGUGCCAGAUUACCUAAUUACUUACACUACAAUCGGCAGUCCAGUGGUAGUAUUAUCUGAAGAUAUUGCUACUCGGCUUACAUGAAACCUGCACUCGCAGAAUAAGCCUAAAAACGUCGUCGAUAUGGACGUUGCCUAGGGUAGCCGGAGGAAGCGUCUGCAUUUGAACUUACCCAAUACCAAGGCGCUUGGCGCAUUGCCGUAGACGCUGACAAUCCCCGCGCAUUGUGUGAUCGGUCUGAGAGUUGAGAGAGGAUAAGGAGCCAGGGAAUCGGGUCGUGCCCCCACCGGUCUUGCGCUGUUACGGAUAACCUCGUCUGGGAUGCUAGGAUAGCCAGGCGAAGGGCAGAGCUAUAAUAUGCCGCCGAUAAGCUAGGUACGAUGAUCUAGACAAGCCUUGACGAGUUGGAGGCGGGUGGUUAUCGUGUUGUCUUGGCUCGGCCGGCUGUUCGAGAAUGUUAUAUAUCUCAUGCUACGCGGCGUCACACCUACUCGCCUUUUUCUCUUAUCUCAGGCGCGCAUCCGAAACUAAGAAUCAUUAUUGGUUUCGAUCCAAGGCAAUUAUCUACGAUGGAUACCGCCACCACCAUUCCCACCGUCGUUGCCCCUGUCAGCGCGGUACGGGCCUCCACGGAUGAAAAAGCGCCCAACGAGAAGGUCCAACCUAGUUCUUCGGAACAAGGCGUCGCUGAAGAUGGCCAUGAUACAUUCCACGGUCUUGUCCUUCCGACAGAGGAGGAGAAGUCGACUCUAAGGCGCGUCGCCGGCAAGAUGCCAGCAACUUGCUACUACCUAUGCGCCGUCGAGUUCGCGGAGCGCGCUUCAUACUACGGAUGCAACCAAGUCUACAAGAACUUCAUCCGUGCCCCUCUGCCAGCGGACGGUAACGGGGCCGGCGCCACGGCGCGGGGAAGUGAACUCACUGCGGGAGCGCUCGGGAAAGGCUCCGUAGUAGCCACUGCCAUGACGGAGGCAUUCAAGUUCUUGGCUUACGCACUACCAAUCUACUUCGGAUGGCUUGCGGAUACGAAAUAUGGCCGUUUCAAGAUGAUAUGCUGGGGUGUUGGAGUAUGUGGCUUGGCUCACAUUAUCAUGAUCAUCUCUGCGCUUCCACCUGUUCUUCAAUCUGGCCAUGCCAUCGGCCCAUUUGCUCUAUCUCUUUACAUGCUCAGCAUCGGCGCUGCUCAGUUUAAACCGAAUAUCUCGCCUACUGUGAUCGACCAGAGCCCUCACAAGGUCGCUCACGUUAUCACCGACAAAAAUGGCGAGAAAGUCAUCGUUGAUCCAGAAGAGUCUGUUAACUCUGUGAUGUUAUGGUUUUAUUUGCUCAUCAACAUCGGCGCCUGUUUCGGUAUCCCGACAACAUACUUGGCCAAGAUCGUGGGCUACUGGGCCGCUUACUUAAUUCCCACAAUCCUCUACCUCCUGCUCCCGCCGCUGCUAUGGUACCUUAACCCCCGUCUUGUCAAGCAGCCCCCCGGAGGCUCGGACCUGGGCAACGUGUUCAAAGUGCUAGGCGACAUCUUCGCCAACGGCGGCCUGAAGCGCAUCGGAAGGACGGGUUUCUGGGAGGCCGGCAAGCCGAGCGUGCGCAAGGCGGCUGGCAGCACAAAGGUCUACGAGUACGACGAUAACUUCGUCAACGACGUGAGGAGGACCUUCCAGGCGUGCGGCAUAUUCCUCUUCUCGCCUAUCUGGCAGAUCAACGAUGGUGGUCUGGGUGCCGCUGCGAAUGCCCUUACUGCUGGAAUGGAUACCGACGGCUUACCGAACGAUCUUCUUGAUAACCUCAACUCUGUCUCGAUCGUCAUAAUGGUGCCCUUCAUGAACCACGUCAUCUACCCGCUCCUUCGCAGACGGGGCAUCAAAUGGGGUCCCAUCUCCCGAAUGACCUUCGGCUUCGCGCUCGGCACAUUCGGUUCCAUCGGCUACUCCGUGCUGCAGUACUACGUCUACAAGACAUCACCCUGCGGCUGGAACGCGACGACCUGCGCCGAGAUCGUGCCCGAGGGCGAAGUCUCGGUGUCCACCGUGUCCUACGCGUGGUACGCCAUCCCCGUGAUCAUCACCGCCAUCUCCGAGAUCUUCGUCAACGUGACCGCGUACGGCAUCGCGUACUCGCGCGCGCCCAAGAACAUGAAGGGCCUCGUCGCCUCGCUGAACCUCGCCAUGACCGCCGUCUCCGCCGCCAUCGGCCUCGCCACCGCCCCCGCCAUCAGCGACCCCUACCUCAUCUGGGCCUUCGCCGGCCCCACCAUCGUCGGCGCCUCGCUCACCGUCAUCUUCUGGUUCACCUUCAGGCAUAUCGAUAAGGAGGAGUUCGUCCUCAACACCGACUUUGGUGAUAUGCGGAAGGACUCCGAUCGUGAGAGCGACGAGGAGAUUGCUCCUCAGCCAAAGACUAUUGAGGAGAAGUCUUAAAUCAUAGAUAGACGCUAAAAUAUGGAGUUCGCAGUGUCUUGCUUGGGGUAUGAGUUAUGUGGUAAUUAGACACGAAAAGGGGGGCAUAUAUUGACUUCUAGGUCUGUAGAUGGACUAGGAUAUACCAAUCAGGCUCAAUCUUGAAUAUGUCUCUAAGAGAUCAAUACACAUCUAUACAUUGCCGUUGUGCCUUAGCUUGAGUUUCGAGUUGAAGCUUUACGGAUCUUUGCCGAUUGAUAGGUUGUUAACCGUCUUGACCUACUUUUGCAGCCGACCCCCCUUUGCAACGCAAUUACACCAAAACGUUAUCUUUCCAUGUGAGCAUAACUCAACGAAUAUCAAAGUUAUGGAGGCCAAAAAAAACUUUGCAAUGUAAUUGAAUGAAUAAAAUCUGG